AUGGCGGAAGAAAUACAAAAUCCUAGGUGCUUCUUCGAUGUGUCUAUUGAUGGUCAGAAAUGUGGUCGUAUGAUAUUUGAAUUAUUUGCUGAUGUUGUUCCAAAGACUGCAGAAAAUUUCCGAGCACUAUGCACUGGUGAAAAAGGAGUAGGUGCUUCAGGGGUUCCAUUACACUAUAAACAGUGUACAUUUCAUAGAAUAAUUAAGUCCUUCAUGAUACAGGGUGGUGAUUUCACCAAACAUGACGGCACCGGCGGUGAGAGUAUAUAUGGGGAGAAGUUUGAAGAUGAGAACUUCAAUAUUAAGCACGAUAUUCCUGGUUUACUGAGUUGUGCAAAUGCUGGACCCAACACUAACGGAUCACAGUUCUUUAUCACUACUGUACCUUGUCCUCAUCUUGACGGUAAACAUGUGGUCUUUGGAAAACUCCUGAAAGGAAUUGGUGUGUUACGAAGAUUGGAAAAUGUAGAGACAGUUCAAGAUAAGCCAAGCAUAGCAUGCAUAAUAGAAGACUGUGGUGAAAUUCCUGCUGGUGAAGACGGUGUAACAUGCGUAGAUGAUGGUACUGGAGAUACAUAUGCAGAUUACCCUGAAGAUAGCGAUGUUGGUACCAAAGAUCUUCAAAAGGUCAUGGAGGUGGCAGAAUUCAUAAAGCAAAUAGGAAACAAAUUAUUCAAGGAGCAAAGUUACGAGAAGGCUAAAGACAAGUACUUGAAAGCAAUCAGAUACAUGGAAUAUUUGGAAGACGGUAAACCAACAGAUCUAACAGCGGAACAAGAGGAAAAAGUUCUAGGUGUAGUUCUGCCCAUGUAUAACAACGCAUCGUUUUGUUGUCUGAAAUUAAACCAACAUGAACAGGCUUUAGAGAAUGCCGAGAAGGCAUUAGAUGUGGAUCCCAAAAGUGCUAAGGCAUAUUUCAGGAAAGCACAGGCAUUAACUGCAAUGAAUCGGCAUGAAGAUGCCAUGCCUCAGUUACUGGAAGCUCAAAAACUGCAACCAAGUGAUAAAGGAAUUAGGAAUGAGCUGAUGAAAGUGAAAAAUAUACUGGAAGAGAGAAAGAAAAAGGAAAGAGCAGUGUAUGCCAAAAUGUUUUCCUCUUAAUAGCUUCUAUGAAAUCUAAUUAGUUAUUAGUCCAGUUCUCCCUUUCGCGUGCAGAAGUUAUCUGGUAAGGUUUCAAUAUCAGUCAGUUAACAUUGGCUUAGUGAUUUCAAGAUUAUUUUCAUCUUUGCAAAAAGAGCAUAAUAAAUCAUGUAAAGUUUUUAUAUGACAUUAUAAUAUAAAAUUCAAUCGUAACGUUUCUUCGUAGACCAGUUCAACAAUAACUCAUUGCAAAAUUGCUCAAUUUUGAGAACAUUACAAAAUAUGAAACUGUAAAUAAAAAUCAGUGAAAAACUUGUAUGAGAAAUAUUUAAAUAGAAGACUCAUUGUUAGAUAAGUACUAUCAAUUGGAAAUACCUGUUUGACUGCAGAAUAUGUACCAGUUUGUUACAAGCUCGUUCGACUGCCAUGUGUUAUCAAAUUCACUCGUAUACUUUCUUGUGCGUGUAAAUUCCUGUAAAUGGAGAACUCUUUUUUUUUUCCUGAGUGUAUGAGCCAUGUUUACACAAGAUUCUUUUUCCUUUGACAAGCACCGUUAAAUCUGUAUUUUUUAUCUGCCAGUUGUUUUGAUGCAUAACUAUUACACAAAGUUGAAAUACUCUGGUUGAAGGAGAUAACAGGUUAUAUUCACCAGUGUGCUCAGUGAGUCAUUUCUAAAACUGAAAAGCAUGUGAAAGAUGCAAAAUACAAGGGGGAUGCAGUAAAAGAGGUGUUCUGUUUUAUAUAGAGGUCUUACAGUAAAACCGAUCUAAAUGUUCAGUUUAUAGAGGUCUUGAAGUGAAACCUGCCUGAAUCAAGAAUACUGUUUGAUUUAAAGGGCUCAUUUCCAGUGUAAUCAUGAAUGAAACACUGAAGUGAAAAAGCAGUCUUAGUUUACAGAGGUGUUCAAUUAUUAGAUGUCAAUUAAAACUGAGCACUAAAUGGACUGAAAAUUUUACUGAGGUGUAUGAUUUGAACUCUUUUAGAGAAGGGAUGGGGGAAACAGUUUACACAAUUUUGCUGGUCCUACUAAUUAACGCGGGGGCGAACACCUAACACAUGGGCGAACAGGGGGAAAUAUCUAACGCGUGGGGCAGCAGCUGCAGCAGCAGCAGCUAUCUUUGUACAGUAUAAUGUUCGUUUUUGCUCAAAAUUUAAAACAGUGGCGAAUUCCAGCAGCUAUCCACACUUUUUAUGAUCGACGCCAGGGCAUUUCGUCUAGUCCGCCAUGUUGUUUACUAAUGUUGGUUAUCGCUCAACAAUAGGACCGCACAUUAAUUAGUAGGACCCCAAUUUUGCUAUGUCAGUCUACCUCAUGGGAAAUGUAAUCUAUUUUGCAUUGUGAUCUACGAUCAUAAGUUGUGACACAUUCAGAUAAUAAUUUGUAGACAAGUAAAUUAUAUAUAUACUAAGAGUAGACUCGACCAGAUAAAUAUUUUUCAUGUAAUAGUGUGCACAUUGUAUUGUAAAACUAUUAUUUUGAUAAUAAAAGCUUGCUUGUAAUUCCA